AUGGCCACGGCCACACCCAAUCCGAAACCGGGAGGAGCAGACGGCAAGGGAGGAGGCCAAAAUAGCAAUUCACGCUUCAUGUUUGUCGAGUUCUCGGCGCCUUCAGAACCCGUACCCAAAGGCACGAAGAAACGACGAGGCGGUCCUAGUGAGGUCCGCGCCCAUAUCACCAAGGAGUAUCAUCGAAAACUACGCGUCAAGCGUCUGGGCGUGCCCAAGGCUACCAAAAGUGCUUCAUCUAUCCCAGAUGGAAAUGACGAGGUUGAGGAGCACGCUGGUAUUUCGCUACCAGAACGAACAAGGUCGGCUUCUCUGCCGGAUCCGACAACCCCGCUCGACGGAGAGUAUCAGGAAGAGAACGACCAUGAGAGAAGACACUCGCACAGCGACGCCAUCAUGCGUCGUGAAUCCACGUUAUCAUUGAGAAGUACUUCUGCAGCCACCGAGACAGCAAUCACCACGACAUUAGCACAGCACAGUGAGGUCAGGCUGAGCUUGAGUCGAUCACCAAAAUUGCGUAACAUGCUAGGUGAAGGACGUCUUGACCCUUUCAACGCUCUGCCAUCGCAGGGCUCCAUGCCAAUGUUCAUAAACAGGGUUCUAGACCACGCUCUCGUCCACUCAUGGCCCAACACGGUCCCCGCCCGCUCGCACUCAAACAUGAACCCUGUACAAGCAGCGUGGUUCCGCCUGGCGAUGGAACACCCUGUGGCGUUCCACAGCUUGAUCUACGCGACGACACUGCACAUGCUGUACCUGCACCGGGGCAACGAGAUCGUGGCCGACGCACCGAUGCUACGACUCGUGCACAAGACCCGCACGAUCGAACUGAUCAAGGACGCGCUGAGCCUGCAGGACUCGCAUACCCCGCCCAGUGACGCCCUCAUCAUGGCCAUCGCCAUCCUCUCCAUCCACGGCUCCAAGGACAAUGUCGUGCAUCCGCAUGUCCACCCCACAAGUCCGCUGGCCCAGGCUCAGAAUCUGCAUGUCUACGGAAAUAUGGUCAACGAUGAUACGCACGUCCAGUGGGUCAAGUACAUGAUCAUGCAGAAAGGUGGGCUUGACGGUUUGAAAUUGUAUGGUUUUGCUGAUACUAUGGCUUUAUGCGACGUCUACUUCUCGACCAAGCACGUCUGCCCACCGUCAUUCCCAUUGCGGAAAGAACCAGAGUCUCUGGUCCUGAGCGGCAAGCACAUCAUGGACGACAUCUGCAUCGACCUUGACUCGGAGCUCACCACUGGCUUCAAAUACUUCCAAUUUACACCUGAAGCAUGCGAAUUACUGUCGGUAUUGGAUGCAUUUUCAGAACUCACUGUCGCUCUAGAUCACUACGCUAGAGGUGGCCCAACUGCUCCAGAUCUAGUGGAUCUUGUCGACGCGCGACAUGCGGCACAACAUCGUCUACUAGCACAACUUCCACCGCCACAGUCAAAUUUUCUGGAAGGGGAUAAGAGUGUGCUUCAUGCAUGUCGGUUGGCAACACUGAUCUUCAGUGAUAUGGUUAUCUUCCCUCUCCCGCCAACACAAGGGGUCAAACAUCGCCUUGCACCUUUACUUCGUCACACACUGCAGGCAUGCGCUAUGGCUUGCAACUGGGAACUCCAUGCUUAUGUGCUUGUAUGGGCAACCACCUUGGGCGCCAUUGCUGCGACUCAUUCGCACGAGCGAGGCUGGUACGUGGAGAAAAUGGUUGCUCACGUUCAAAAUUUGGGCAUCGAUCACUGGUCCUGUCUCAAUUCCAUAUGCUCGAGGUUCCUAUGGUGGAAGCCCGUUUGCGCGGAACCUACGGAGAAAUUGUGGGUGGAAAUGUUUCCCACGAUUGGGGAUAUCACCUGA